AUGUUUUUCGGGGAUGUUUCAACAAGUGGACUGCCCGCGCUGGAAGCACUCAUCAUGCAGUUCUUUCUGGUUGCAGUUGGUGUCAACAAUGAAGAAAAAGUAGUCCAUGGACAAACUGUGGAUUGUUAUAAAGCGUGCGGUUUGACACAAAAAGCCAACAGAGCACUCACACACCCUCAAGCCAUGGACUUCUCAUUGGUUGUUCUCGUUUCGUUAACCCUCGGCUCACUUGUUAACGCACAAAGUUUUGGUGGCUUUGGCUCAUCUUCGCUCAUGGGCGCCGGCGGCUAUCCUGGACUUUCAGGAUUCCCAGGAGGAAUGACGGGUUUGGGCCAGUUUGGUAGACCCGGUGCAUUCAGUUCAUUUCCAUCGCUCGGAAUGGGAUCACUGGGUGGCUUCGGCCAAGGCGCAAUGCCUGGAUUCGGCGGUUUUGGAGGUGGAAUGGGAAUGGGACCGUUCAUGAUGGGACCCGGUGGUUUUUCAUAG